CCAACAGGGCAUGGUAGUAUGUGUGUUUGGUUGUGUGUGUGUUUCGACGUGUCCGUGAGUUUGAGAGGACAUAUACGUGGACAUAUGUGUUUGUAAAGUUCAGUGUCUCAUCACCGCUGCAGAGGACAAGCGAAGGAAGGACUUCCGUCUGAGACUACACACAGGCCAUGGCGCUGUCUCGAGUUAAGAGACCACGAUUCCUGGGGCCCAACGUGUACCCAGAGGCCCCUGACGGAGGCUGGGGAUGGGUUGUGGCUGCAGCCUUCUUCUUGGUGGGGGUCUGCACCUAUGGCACCAUCAAGAGCUUUGGCAUCUUCCUCCAGGACCUGAUGGACGAGUUUGGAGAGACCAACAGUCGGGUCUCCUGGAUCGUUUCAAUCUGUCUGUUUGUCAUGACGUUUAACGCUCCGCUCUCUGCUGUGAUGACUAACCGCUUUGGGUUCCAGCUUGUUGUGAUGUUGGGAGGAUUUCUCAUGGCCACUGGCUCGAUCACAACCAGCUUCACCAGCUCCAUCAAUCAAAUGUACAUCACAUAUGGAUUAGUCGCAGGUAUUGGCUACUGUCUGACUUUCCUGCCCACGUUGACCAUCCUCACCCAGUACUUUAACCGACGACGCUCUUUGGUCAUAGCUGUGGCCUCAACUGGAGAGUCCCUGUCGAUGUUUGCCCUGGCACCAGCCUUUUCUGCACUGAGGGACCGUAUUGGCUGGCGGCACACCAUGGUUGUGAUAGGAGCCAUGCAAAGCAGCCUCAUCAUCUGCGGCGCUCUUCUUCGGCCAAUUGUCAUCAAACCCAGCGCAGUGCAGGAGGGAGAGACGGACGCGUUGCCCCUAAAGGAAGUGGAAGCCCUCAGAGCACAGAAGACGGUGGAGGACACAAACCCAGAAAACUAUAUCAUAAACAAUACCUCAGAAGCACAAGCGAACUCCUACAGUCAGGACAAUGAGCUCAGCAGAGGCUCUGUGAGCACCGGAGACUCUGGCGUCCUGUCUCUGAAGGACGCAGAACUCAGCAGCCCAGAGGAGAAGACUUCACUGCAAAAAGAAGACGCAUGGCCAUCAGUGGAAAACAACACAGAAGAAAUGAAAGAGUCUGAAACGGAGGAGAAGAACCACAGAAAUGCUGAGAAACAAGUCGUGAAAGAGGAAAAGGAACCAGGUGAUGGUUCUUUAAAAAACACAAAACUUUUGGAUUUCUCCAUCCUCAAAGAGUGCAGCUUCAUCUUUUAUUCUCUGUUCGGACUGUUCGCCACGCUCGGCUUCUUCGCCCCCCCUCUCUACGUCAUCGAGCUGUGCGUGAGUCGAGGAGUGGAGCGGGAGCACGCAACCUACAUGCUCUCCAUCAUGGCCGCGGCCGAAGUCUUUGGCCGCUUCACCAUCGGGUGGAUCCUGUCGCGGAGGCGCAUCGUGAACAAGAAGCUGCUCGUGAUUCUGGUGUGUGUGGUUUUGAUGGCUGCCGAUCUGGUGGGAUUCACGUUUGCUACGGAGUUCUACGGCCUGGCUGUGUGCUGUGCGGUGUACGGGUUCUUUAUGGGAACCCUGGCUUGCACACACAUCCCCAUGCUGGCUGAAGAUGAUGUGGUCGGCAUAGAGAGGAUGUCUUCAGCUGCUGGAGUUUAUGUGUUCAUACACAGUUUUGCUGGGCUGGCUGGACCACCACUCGGCGGUGUGUUGGUGGAUCUGACUCAGAACUACGGGUCAGCUUUCUACUCCUGUGCUGUAGGCAUGGCAAUCAGCGCAGUGUUCCUCGGUUUGGUAAGGCCAGCUAAAAGAGGAAUACUCUGUGGGAGAAAAUCAAAAUGCCCUGAAGACAAACAUGACUCAAACAAGGACUCAGAGGAGAAGGGUGCAGCACAGCCACCCAACAUAAGAAGUGACAGUGCUGAAGUAGAGGCCAUCUCAAUCCACGACCAGGAGGUUAUCAGUUUUGCUUGAGCUGUUAAUGUGGUGUAAGGGUUACUACGGUAACCGUUUAAGGGUAAAUGGCAAAAGAUGACUGCUGGAAAGUGCUCAAGUGGCAUAAAUACAAAGAAGAGAAAGACCAAUAAUAUGUGUUUCUGAUCUGCUAUGAAGAGCAAUAUUGAGAAUGUUAAGGUCACAAUAUGUACGUAGUAAGUGUGCCUUACAUACUUGAUGUACCACACAGUGUUUUUCCACUGUAAAUUGCAAUAAAUACCUUUUUUAGGGACAGAGGUGUUAGUUAUAGCUGGGUUAGUAUGGACAUGUUCUUAAUGAACCACAAGUUAUUCCAUUACAUCAUACUGGUGCUUCACCUCAUUACCUGCUGGGAAUCAAUGCAUUAAUAAUAAUAAUAAUAAUAAUCAUAAAACUGUGAUGCAAAUGAAACUGCAGAAACUAACAAAUUGCACAAAUUCUGUAACAUGUGUUAUAGAAAGAGCUCAGGUGAUCACACGUGACUAGAAGUAUCUCUGUUUUUGUCUUCCUUUUUUUUAUAUGAAACUAUUUCAAAGCUGACACUGCUUUAUUAUUUGAUAUGAAAUGUCAGACUGGAAACUAUUUUUGUAAUGAAAAUGUGUUCAAUCACAAUAAAACAAGUGAUUUGAACCUUUAAAUAA